GUGACAUUCCAUUGUGUAAAUGUACCACAUUUUCUUUAUCCAUUCAUCUGUUGAAGGGCACCUAAGUUGGUUCCAUAGCUUAGCUAUUGUGAAUUGAGCUGUGGACAGGUCUUUUCUAACUCAACAUUGACAAAGAAAAGUCAUUGAAUGCAGUUUCUGAAAUGUCACUGCUGUCUGUAUCUGACUGUUCUUGGAGACUGGAAUACUAGAACUCUGUUAGAAGUUUUCAUAGAGUCCUUAGCAACCACCCAGCCUAUGUCAUGGACAGGGAGAGCAAGAACUACAGUCUUUGGUUCUAACUGGUGCUGGUUAAUUAGUCUGAAGAAAUUGAGAAAGAAAUUCCAUUGGCACAGUUAAGAUCAUAGCCAUGGCGUCUGUAACAUACCGGGAGCCAAUAUCUACAACUGUGGGAAGACGGAUGAUUUUUUCAGGUCCACAUUAUGUAAAGGAUCAUUUACCUAAAGUUCAUCAGCACACUUCCUAUAUAGGAGAAAAGCGUCCAGUGUUAGAAAAAACGGGAGAUCUUAAGUAUUUAUGGAGGCCUGCCUCAAACAGAAGCUGGCCAGCAAAAUAUAAACAUGAGUAUGUCGGUGGAGUUGGUUGGGGAAUACAAGACUUUGAUUUCAUCAACAAAUCCAGACGAGAGAGCGGCUUUCAUAUCAAGCGUGGAGAACUAACACUUGAAGCUAUUAAUAAAGUAAACCAUAGAUAUCAAAACCCAUGGCAACCCAAGCCGUUUAUCCUGGAUAAGCAAGGAAGACAUGGUCGUGGUUUUAUUGCCUGGAAUAUGAGUGAUUACGAAGACUCCAAUCAGAGAAAUUCCAAUCGGGCUCUUAUGGUUAGGCAGAGUCAAUCACCAUUACCAAGAGUUUCCAAGCCUUCCAGGUUGCCAAAGCUACCAGAAAAGGAAGAGAGCCAAGAACGAAAAAUGCUGGGAAGUUGAAGGUGGCUAUUACGGCUGCGACCUCAUGAGACCCAUGAGUUCUGAAGGUCAUGGCCUGCCCAUUUGGAGGUCCAGUACCAAAAAAGAAGGAAAGAAAAAAAAAUGUUUAAAAGAUUUAUUUUAAAAUUUCAAAUUUACUGAGGACAUUGCAAGAACUCCUCAUAUACCCUUCACCCAGACCUACAGUUGUUAAUUUUAUUUGGUUUAAUGUUCUACCUCCCUCUCCCACCCCUACCUCUCUUUCUUUCUCUCUCCACACACCCCUACCCAUACCCACACCGACACACACUUGAGAGCUAAUUGCAGAUAUGAGGCUAUUUUAUUCCUCAAUACUUCAGGUUAUAUUUCCUAAGAACAAGGCUGUUCUCUAACAUAACCACAGUUUACAAUUUUAAUAUUCAGGAAAUUUAACAUUGAUACAUUAAAGUGCAUAAUAAAAUUUCA